UUAAGUUGAUAAAUUAUUUUACAUAUCUUAGUAUGAAAUGCUAAUGUUGCAAGCUACUUUCGAAUAAAAGUCGUACUUGAAUAAAGAAUAAAUACAUACCUACAGAUAGAUAAACUGUUGCCCACUUCUCUGGGACCAUACAGCAACCAUGGCCAGGUUACGCAAGAAAGCGUGUGUGGCCUUGUUUCUUUUCAUGCUGUUCAUUUUCGGUACAAUGAUGGGCUUGCGGACUCUCAAACCCAGCGAUGGUUUCUCGGACCUGGCCCCAGGACUGGACCUCAUGCCCAUGGUGGGCGACAGGUUGGAACGACGCUCGGGGUCCAGCCAUAUGGCGGUGUCUCCGGGUCAGCCCAGCAACACCAAAACGGUCCUGUCGAACAGCCAGGGAGACAGGAGUCUCUUCUACGACGUCCAUAUAUUUUAUUACGCGUGGUAUGGGAAUCCGCAGGUGGACGGGAAGUACGUACACUGGGACCACGUUCUUGUGCCGCACUGGGAUCCGAAGAUUGCGGCCAGUUACCCCAAAGGACGGCACAUGCCUCCGGAGGACAUUGGCUCCAGCUUCUAUCCAGAAUUGGGACCGUACAGCUCCAGAGAUGCGGAGGUGCUGGAGUCCCACAUGGAGCAGCUGGAAGCUGCAGCAACAGGAGUUCUUGUGCUGUCCUGGUACCCACCAGGCCUAGGGGAUGACAAUGGGGAGCCUACAGAGGACUUCGUACCUGCCAUCAUGGAUGCAGCAUACAGACAUAGCAUUAAGGUGGCAUUCCACAUUCAGCCUUACAAAGGACGGACUGACCACACCGUGCACGAAAAUGUCAAAUACAUCAUCGACAAGUACGGGAAGCACGGUGCCUUCUACCGAUUCAAGUCCGGCACGGGGAGGGCCCUCCCCAUGUUCUACAUUUAUGACUCAUACUUAACGCCGCCUGAAGCCUGGGCUGACCUGCUUAACCCCUCAGGGUCCCAUAGUCUGCGAGGAGGCACCUACGAUGCCUUCUUUGUGGCACUGAUUGUAGAGGAACGCCAUAAGCAUGACAUCCUCGCUGGUGGCUUUGACGGCAUGUACACCUACUUUGCCUCCAACGGCUUUUCAUUCGGCUCAUCGCAUCAGAACUGGAAGGCGAUCAAGGACUUCUGUGAUGGCAACAACCUACUGUUUGUACCAAGCAUUGGGCCCGGCUACAUUGACACUAGCGUGCGGCCCUGGAACAACCACAACACGCGCAAUCGGGUCAGUGGGCGCUACUAUGAGACUGCCUUGCAGGCAGCACUAUCCAUACGACCAGAGGUAGUCACCAUUACAUCCUUCAACGAGUGGCAUGAAGGUACGCAGAUUGAGCGAGCUGUACCCAAGAAAACAGUGACCCGGCUGUACCUGGACUACCAGCCUCAUCAGCCUGACCUCUACCUGGAGCUCACUCGCAAGUGGGCCCAACAGUUCAGCAAGGAAAAGGAACAGUGGCUCAUGUGAGGGUUCACUUGGCAUUGUAGGAAACUUGUUUGCAUGCCUGUAUUUAUCAGCCCUUCCUCCCAAGCGUUCCUUCAAGUUGAACUGGAUUUUGUGGCAGCAGAUCUGGAAUUGUUCUCUGAAGCUGUGUUUAUAUGCUGUCGAUUGGCUCAGGCUUCAGGGAGAGUACUUUACACAUGCCGUAAUCACCCACGCCAUCAACUCAACCUCAACAUACUUCGCUGCUCGUUGCUAAGGGCUCUCAAUCAACUUUUUAGCUGAGUCACUGCAGUCACUCAGAGGUAACAUCCCCAUUACAUUUAAAACUGGUGACACGCACACCGUCUGAAACUGCUUAUCCCAAGCGGGGUCACGGUGAGCCGGAGCCUAACCCGGCAACAC